ACCUCCCCGGGACACCCCCCCCCUCCCUCCAGUCCCGCCUGUGCCCCCCCCUCCUUUUCCCGUUCCCCCCCCCGCCAUGACGGUGAAGCUGGACUUCGAGGAGUGUCUGCGGGACUCGCCCUGGUUCAGGGCGGCCGUGGAGGAGGCGGAGGCAGAUGUGGCCGAACUCGAGACCCACCUGGAGAAGGUGCUGAAGCUGUGCUCCGCCAUGCUGGAGGCCGGACGGCAGCUGGAGGGAACGAGCCGGGCCUUCGCCGCGGGGCUGCGGGAGCUGGCGGGGAUCCCCCGCGGGGACCCCCUCGUGCGGGAGGCUCUGGAGAAAUUCUGUGACUCCCUAGAGCAGAUGAUGGACAGCCACGAGGAGCUGCAGGACAGCACCCAGGUCGCCCUGCGCCGCCACCAUCCACACCCUGCUCAAGGAGCGCGGGGGCUGCGGGAGGCGCGUCGGGAGCGGGCGCGGGCGGCGGAGGCGCUGGCGGGGGCCCUGCAGCACCACGCCGAGGUCCCGCGCCGGCGGCCCUUGGAGGCCCGAGAAGCUGCCGCUGCUUUGGGCGGGGCCCGGGGCGUGGCCCGGGCGAGGGGGCUGGAUUAUGUUCUGCAGAUCAAUGUGAUGCAGGACAAGAAGAAGACAGAGAUCCUCCAGUUUGUGCUGGCCCUGCUGGAAGCCCAGGCCGCCUUCUUCAGCCAGGGCCACCGCAGGGCCACCAGCACCCAGCAGUACCGGGGGCAGCUGGGGGCGCAGCUGGACCGGCUGGUGCUGGAGGGGGCCCGGCAGCAGCGGGACAUGGAGCAGCGCCACGCCCUGCUGCUGCAGCAGGACCUAUCACAGGAGACGGUGGGCGGGGCCACAGGGGAGGCGGGGCCGGGGGCCCCCCCCAUGGAGGGGUACCUGUACAAGAGAGCCAGCAACGCCUUCCGCACCUGGAGCCGGCGCUGGUUCUCCAUCCAGAGCAACCAACUGGUGUACCUCAAACGGGCGCGGGACCCCCCAACAGUGGUGGUGGAGGACCUGCGCCUCUGCACCGUCAAGCCCUGCCCCGACCUCGAGCGUCGCUUCUGCUUCGAGGUCGUCUCCCCCUCCAAGUCCUGCGUGCUGCAGGCAGACUCGGCGGGGCAGCAGCGAGCCUGGCUCAGCGCCGUCCAGAGCAGCAUCGCCUCCGCCUUCAGCCAGGGGCCCCCCCGGGACCCCCCCGCACUACCCAACCCCUGCCCCCCACCCAGCAGCCCGCCGAACGUUCGUGGUCGGGGUCCCGGGGGGUUCGGGGGGGGGCCCCCCGAAUCUCAGGUUCUGGAGACGGUGCUGGGGCUGGAGGGGAACGGGAGCUGCUGCGACUGCCGGGAGCCGGCACCCGCCUGGGCCAGCGUCAACCUGGGCAUCACCCUCUGCAUCGAGUGCUCCGGCAUCCACCGGAGCCUGGGGGUCCACUUCUCCAAAGUGCGUUCGCUGACGCUGGACUCCUGGGAGCCUGAACUGGUGAAGUUGAUGUGCGAGCUGGGGAACAGCACCCUGAACCGCAUCUACGAGGCUCGGGUGGAGGAGAUGGGGGUGAAGAGACCCCCCCCCGGCUGCUCCCGGGCGCAGCGGGAGGACUGGAUCCGGGCCAAGUACGUGGAGAAGAAAUUCGUCACCGGGCUCCCGGGAGGGGGGCCCCGGCCCCGCCCAUCCCGCGCAGGCCCCGCCUCUCGCCCAGGCUCCGCCCCCCGCGGCAGCCCCACCCCCCGCAGCUGCCACACCCCAGAGCCCCCGGAGGCGGAGGGCCCCCCCAGCCUUCACCCCGGGGCUCUGCUCUACUGGGCGGCCCAGCACCGGCGCCUGCCCACCAUGGCCGACGCGCUGGCCCACGGCGCCGACCCCGGGUGGGUCAACGCCGCCGAGGACAACCGCACCCCCCUGCUGCAAGCUGUCGCCGCGAACUCGCUGCUGGCUUGCGAGUUCUUGCUGCAGAACGGAGCCAGCGUCAACCAGAGCGACAGCCGCGGGCGGGGGCCGCUGCACCAUGCCACCGUGCUGGGACAUACUGGGUGCGUCCCCAGUAGCGUACUGGGAAGGGGUGGGGAGGGGGAACUGGGGGGGGGGGGUACUGCCCCUCACUCUGAGCCCUAUGUUAUCAGUGGUGGCGGCGCCCACCCCAAAAGCGGCCGGUUUGGGAAGCUAAACAGGGGCUGCCUUGGGCAGUGCCCAGAUGGGUGACCUGACCCUACUCAUUGAACUGGGGGGGGGUAACCCUCUUU